UGGCCUUAUGGGACCUUGGAGCUGCUUUGGGCUUGUGCUGCCAUCGUGGCUCCAUGUGGAAAAGCUCUGCUUUCUCUGGGGAGCUUUGCUGGAAGGCCGGGGCUGGCUUUGGGCACUCACUCUGGAGGCUGUAGGGAUGUGAUGCCUCAAAAUCACCACUGGUGCUCGUGCUGAGCCGCAUCCCUCCUUGCCUCUGCAGUGGAGGAGCUGUGUGUGUUUGGCCUGACCUGUCAGGGCAGGCCAGGGCUGUGCUUGCCACAGCCUUUGCCCUGGGAUGGGCGUUGUUUCAUGGCAGUUUGGAAGCCUUGGCUGCGCUUUGCUCUCUGCAGGGAGCGCCACUGCCAUCGGGGCUACAGGGUGAGGCAGAGCCUGCCUGGACUUCCCCCACAUUGAACCAGACCUGGAGGGGGCUGAGGUUAGGGUUUGCUGCUGUCACUCAGCACCCCCAGGCACCUGCUGCGGGUACAGGGCUUGGCUGACAGGCAGCUAAGUGCUGGCAGCAGGAGCUCCAGCAGGAAUCCAGCGCAGUGCUAUAGCCUGUGCCCUGGAGUGGGAAGCUCCUCCGGUUCCAGCCCCCUGCCACAGACAGGGACACCUUCCAUUAGAGCAGGUUGCUCCAAGCCCCAUCCCUUGAACACUGCCAGGGAUGGGGCAUCAUCUACAACUUCUGUAGGUAACCCGUGUGCUCAUUGCAAGUCAGACCUGCGUGUCCCAGUGCUGUGGAUGGGGUCACCUGUGUGUGUCAUGGAGCGUGAAGCCCACCAAACCUCUCUGUUUCUCAGCACUACAAAAACGUGACAUUAUUAUACUGUUUUGGAGUCAGCAGCUCCCACCCUUUGCUCUCCACCAUUCCCUGUCCAGGUUCACUUGGGCCACGCAGGGUUGUUUCUAAAUCUGCACUGCCAUUUGCCUCUGCUCCCCACAAGGGCCUUUUAAACCCAAGCUGGAACAAACCUGGCAUUUUUGCAGCCAGGAUCUGGCCAGGGGUGAGCUGGGUGCAGCAGAGCCAGGCUACAGUUCAGCAGCCCAUCCCAGUACAGCCCAGUGCACCCCAGUGUGCCAGGGCAGAGCAGGACCUGGGUAUUGAGCCUGGACUUGGAGCUGAACCUCAUGGACACCUUCACCCCCCCUGGCCAGUGCUGGGUGCUGCUGCCACGUGCGGGGCUGACAUAAAGCCCUGUGAAGGCAAGAGCAGAGCAAAGGGUCCCCAUGGGCCCCCUUGGUGUCGGGAUGUGGUGCCCAUCACCCUGCCCAUCUCCGCCUGGCAUAGAGGUUGUCGCAUCCUGUGCCUGCUCCCAGCAUCUUGCACAAUCUGCCCGUGGGACCUAACCAAGCCCAGGGGACUGGGAGAGGCUUUGGGCUGUGUCUGUUGUCCCUGCCAUCCCUGCUUUUGGGGGUUCUCCAGCUGUGGGGGAUUCCCCACUUCUGGGGAGAUGGAGGGACCUGUGGAGCUGCCAGGGGGGCAUAUUCUGGAUACCCUGGGCCAUGUCACAGCUCCCCAGCCCCCCUCAGGUGGAGCCCGCCAGUGCUGUGCCUGGAUUAGCGGGCGCUAAGCUCCUUCCCAUGGAUGCUCUGUCCCUUGGUGACUGGGGGGAGCUGCUGAUGGCCCUGCCGGGGGGAACCCCACUCCCCAGCCCCAGGGAGGCCUGGGGGCCGCGGAACUUGCUGCAGUCUCCCCCCGAGGAGGACGGGGUGCUCUAUGUGGAGUACAAACCCCCUGCACUGGACAGCAUCCGCCUGCCCCGCUAUGUGCUCUACCUGAUGAUGGCGUCCACCCUGGUGCUGCUGGUGGCCUACGCCAUUGUCGGCCACCUCAUCAAGGACCUGGUGCAUGAUUUUGCUGAUUGGGCGUUCGGGCCCAAAGCGGAGGAGGAGAAGGUGGUGAUGGCCAAGGGGACGGUGCCGGAGGUGGUGUGGCUGGAGGAGGAUGGGACCCUGGGAGAGAGGGAGCUGGAGGGUGAAGGCGCAGGAGUGGUGCCGGGCACGGACAUCGUGCUGCGACUGCUCCCAUCCACCCCGCGCAGCUCCAUCUCCUUUGCCGACUCCCACAAGAAGAGGCUGUUCUAGAGCUGGGGGAUGCCCCAUUCCUGCCACCACCAGCACCCCGGAGCCCUCCCUGCAGCCAGGUCCUCCUGCAGCCCUACAGCACUAUCUCAGGGCUGCCAUCGCUGCCCCCAAUAAAGGCUCCUGCCCUGUC